AUGGGAUCAUAUAAGAGCUCACCAAUGGUUGGCUGCAACAGAGUGUUGACGACAACUCAUCUAGCUCUGGAAAUGAUUUAGAAACUAAUUUUAUUCAUAAAUGUGCUGCUGUUGCAGGUUGUUAAAAAUGAAGUGGACGUGGACAAUGCUGCUCCUCGGGGGCUCUUUAGUGGGGAUCUGCUCAGGAUGGACAUACCACCACUCCAACACCACCAUGAAUUGGACCCAGGCCCGGAAGUGGUGCAGGAACAGGUACACGGACAUGGUGGUCAUCCAGAGCCAGGAUGAGAACGACAAGCUGGUCUCCUUUUUGCCAAACAAGAUCUCCAGCCCCUACUACUGGCUGGGACUCACCAGGACGCAGAAGGGGGGGAACUGGACGUGGAUCGGGAAUAACAGCACGUGGAUGGGCGAGGAGUCGUGGGCGGAAAACGAGCCCAACAACAACCACAGCAUGGCCGUCUGCGUGGAGAUCUACGUCAACAACGGCACCAACAGAGGGAAAUGGAACGAUGAGAAGUGCGGCCAGAAGAAAUUUGCAGUUUGCUAUCGAGCUCAAUGUAAUGCCACCAUAUGCGGACGAGGGCAAUGUCGGGAAGCUGUUAACAACUUUACCUGUCUGUUUGAGGCCGGCUUUGUGGGAGACAAGUGUCAAACAGCUAAACAGAGUCUUAAUGAUACCGUGUUGGCAGGAACUACUUUUCCAUCAGCCUCUUAUUCUUCUGUGCCCCCAGCUGUGCACUGCACCCCCCUGUCUCACCCCAACGGAUACCUCAGCUGCGCGGAUGGGAACCAUACAGUCAACUCAACGUGUCAGUUCAAAUGUCACCAUGGCUUCCUGAUGAUCGGCUCGGCAGACAUCACCUGUGGAGUGACGGGGGUUUGGAGCAGCCCCGCGCCAACUUGUGCAAGGUACAAGCCCAUCCUGAUGGCUGUUGCAGGUUGCUGCACUCUCACUGUUUGCUGCUGCUUCGUGUGUUUUUGUGGCCUGAAGAACAGAAGUAAGAGGUUUUAACCACAAAUUGUUAGAGCUAUCCAAAUUCACUGAGUCAUCUCUUUGCUCAAACACUUGUAACAGGGAAAAAGCCAAGCAAAGAGAGGUUGUCAGAGGAAACGACAGGGCCGUCUAGUCAGCUGUCGACAUGAAGACGAACCGAUGUUUCCAUAACAAGUACCGUAUACACAAUUUGGUUCCGCUGUGGGACCCCCAAAAAUAUCAUACAUUGACAAACAUCAACUUAUGUUGUAUAUACUGUAGAAAUGACACUUGAACCCUGCUGUAAUUAGCAUCUUGCAUUAUAUCAUUAGGCUACACAGCAGUCAGUGUUAAGUUUGUUAAUGUUUUUCUCUACUGUACCUUUUCUAAAAAAAGAUUUCAUAAAGCAUUUCUGUUGUAGAGUUUUAUCCAGUCAUCUACUUACUGUGUACUUUUCUGUAAAGUAAGUGCCGUAUGGUGCUUUUUUUUACCCCAUUUUGUCAUGUUACAGUAUAGUCUCCCCUCAGUUUUCUA